UUUUUUUUUUCUUUCUUCUUCUUUUUUUAAUGGAGACAAAGAGAUUAUAUAUUGGAAACUUGGAUCCUUCAGUUGACGAAUAUGCUGUCAUGAAACUAUUCGAACCUUAUGGCAAGAUCAUUGUAUUUGAAUAUAUGUUUUACCUUCAUGGACCGAAGAAAGGCCAACCAAGAGGUUACUGCUUUUUGGAAUAUGAAAACAAAAAGGAUGCUUUGACAGCAAUCAGUGCAUUGAAUGGAAAGAAGAUCAAGGGAAGAACUCUAGUAGUAUCAUCGGCAAAUAAAAAUACUUCAUCAUCAGAUAAUAGCAAUAGACAUCAUCGAUCGACCAUCCAUAGACCAACGUCUUUUAGUCUGUUAAGGAAUCAAAAGAUGUCACAACCUGCAAGUACGGAUGCCAAAAUUCUAGCCAUUGAACAAAAACUAGCUGCAUUACAAAAGCCCAAGCAAUCAACGUCCCCGGUUUGUCCUGAUACCCAACCUACUACAUCACAACGACAAUCGACCGCAUCAUCCUCAUCAUCCUCAUCAUUGUUAUUAUCAUCAUCAUCAUCAUCAUCAUCAUCAUCAUGUCGUCCAUCUAGAUAUAGACCAUAUUGAAUAGCAUUGAUCCAAAUAUGUUUAUUAUAUAUUAUUGUAUCCCCCCUUCAUUACUAGUCUUUUUGUACCUAUCCCCAUUUCCAUAUUUGAUUGUUUUCCCGACCAUUCUUAAUGUUUGACAAAAAUGAAUUAGACUCUCCUAUACAUAUUAAAAAUAAACAAAUCACUACUUGCC